AUGCCUAAUUAUACCGAGGACGACCUUGAACAUCUCGAAGAGUCGGCAGAGAUGGCGAGGCCGGGCCACCAAGCGCAGGCGCUGGCCUUGGUCGCUGGCGUUUUAGAGCGCAACGCUAUUGCCUAUGGGGUAAUGGGUGGCAUGAAUUUUUACCUCCGCGGUUCAGGCCGCACAACAGGCGAUGUCGAUAUUGCCGUAGACAACCCACCACGUAUGGAGGCCCUGUUGAGCAUUUUCAACAGCCAUAGAAGCACGAGGCUUACCUUCAAGGUGGAUCUCGGCAUGCUCAUGGACGCCAUCCGCGAGUCCAUGCCAGCGGUCUGCGCCAAGAUUGGCGAUGAGAUGGACGGAGACUCAAGCGAGAUGCAAUGGGUAUCUGGAGUGGCGCGGAUCGUUGUCGAUAUUCGAGGCCAGCUUGUACAGCUUGAUCUGAAGCCCAAGGGUUCAGAAGGCCAUCUGAUCCCCCGCGACAUUGCAAGCUCUGUCGAGAGAAUGUCCUUCACGGUGACUCAGAUCUCGUUUCAGUGCGAUAUGCUGGCGAUUGGCCCCCUGGUAGCGGCCAAACUCAAAUCGCACUACAACCGCGAGACGCGAGCUGAUUAUCAGGACUUGGUCUUCAUUGUCAGUUCCUCAAGAUACGCUCCCCAGGUCAGGCAAGCUUCGGGCAGUUAUAGGUCGGAAUGGACGGACUUCUUCCUGGAGACGGCACUUCAGAACGAUGCACAUUUGGAACAAUCCAUUCGGUGGGCCUUUAACAUGCCCCGCUCUCGCUCUAACUCUGGUCGGUGA